UCCAAUUCUCUUUCUCUCUCUUCUGUAAAUUUAUUAAUUAAAAUAAUAAAAGUUGGAAAGUUCUGUGCUUCUCUCUCCUCUCCUUCUCUGAAAUUCAUACACUGCUCUCAAUUCAAUGAUUUUCAUCCAUGGAACUUCUCUGAAAUCCAAGCUAGCUUCCAUUUACACCAUUCGCCUCUCUUCACUUCUCGAGGGUAAUCACACCAUUCGCCUCUCUUCACUUCUCGGGGACUACUAAACUUCAAGAAGGAGAUUAUGUCCUCAUCCCAUCAUAGGAGGAAUAUAUAGCAGCCAGGUAUUAUAAAAUGGGCGUUUCUAGCUCAAGAGUAGAAGAAGAUAAAGCCCUGCAGCUAUGUCGUGACAGGAAGAAGUUUGUUAGGCAAGCACUUGAUGGGAGGUGCGCACUAGCAGCAGCUCAUGUUGCAUAUAUUCAGUCACUAAGGAGCACCGGAGUGGCUCUUAAAAAAUUUGUAGAGCCCGAAGCUCUAGUUGAAUCUUCCUUGUAUACUUCCACUACUGCAACGCCCGAACCUCUUGCUCUGACUGAGAAGACCCAUUCUCAGUUUUCAUUUUCUUCUCCAUCUGUCUCCCAACAUAUAGAUGCCACUGAAAUUUUUUCUCCAACUCCUUCCCCUCCUAGCUCUAGUCGAAUUCACAUAAAUCAUAUGAAAUUCAGUGGUAACAUUUCCAAAAAGGUUGAAGAAAAACCCCCAAUACCAUUUGUUGGGACAGUGACUACAUCAAGUACACCACAAAAUACCACUCCACGUUCCACUGAAGUGCCUCAAGGCUCCCCAUUUGAAGAUACUUCCCUUCCUUCUGAAACUCUUCCAUGGGAUUUCUUUGGUCUUUUCCAUCCAGUUGACCAUCAAACUUCUUUCCAAGAAGACAAGGCUAUGAGCCAUGAGUUCGAGCACUCUGAUGAUAUAAAUCGUCUUAGGGAAGAGGAGGGAAUUCCUGAGCUGGAAGAUGAUGAAGAAAGGACAUCUUUACGUGGAAAGGAAGAUUCUCAAGAUUCUGAAGAUGAAUUUGAUGAGCCAGCCACAGUUUCUCUGGUUCGGAGUUUUGAAAAUUUCAAUAGAGUGCAUGAUACUGGUGAUGUUAAUGCUUCAACUUCAGUGCCUUCUGCUGGAACUGCAUCUUCAGAAACAAAGUCAUUGAAUGGGGGAAAAAAUACUCUUUUCAUGCCUUCCACAGAAACUGCAGCCUCAAGUUCUGAGGUAUUGAAUGGGGAAAAAAGCAAGUCUCCUGAUUUAUCACCAUUGAGAGCCAAAGAAUCAGUAGUAGUCCCAGUUGAGACAAAUAAACCUCAAGUAAAAGAAGGUUGCAUCGAAAAUAAGGUUGUCCCUAAGGAUUUAUUUUCAAGCAUGAAAGAUAUUGAAUUUCUGUUUUCAAAAGCUUCCGAUUCUGGUAAAGAAGUUCCAAGAAUGCUUGAAGCAAAUAAAUUGCACUUUCGACCAAUGUUGCCUGGGAAACAAAGUGGCCCAACACCAUCUACGUUACUGAAAACCUGUUUCUCUUGUGGAGAAGAAGAUCCGAGUCAGGUUCAAGAAGAACCUGUUCAAACAGAUGUUAAGUAUAUAACUUGGCAUAGGACAGCAUCAUCUCGAUCAUCUUCAUCUAGAUAUCCUGUAGGAGCAAACUCAAAAGAUGACAUUGAGGACUUGACUGGUAAUGUAUUUGAAAAUAUCGGCAUGGUCUCAGGUAGUCAUGUCUCAACCUUGGAUAGGUUGUAUGCUUGGGAGAGAAAACUGUAUGAUGAAGUGAAGGCCAGUGAGACUGUCAGGAGGGAGUACGACAUAAAGUGUAGGUUUCUGAGGCAGCUAGAAUCAAAUGCUGAAAGUUCUCAAAAAAUUGAUAAAACUCGUUCUGAUAUCAAGGAUCUUCAUUCGAGAAUUAGAGUGGCUAUUCAUAGAAUUUAUUCUAUAUCGAAAAGAAUUGAAGAAAUAAGGGACAAAGAGCUCCAGCCACAGCUUGAGGAAUUGAUUGACGGGUUAAGUCGGAUGUGGGAGGUCAUGUUGGAAUGCCACAAGCUUCAGUUUGACAUCAUAUCGGUUGCGCUCAACAAUGGCAACACCAAGCUCUCAGUACAUUCAGAAUCACAUAGGCAGAGUACUCUCCGUCUUGAAAAUGAGCUUAAUUCUCUGUCAUCAAGUUUCAGUAAGUGGAUCAUUGCUCAGAAGUCCUAUAUUGAUUCUCUAAAUAAAUGGCUCUUCAAAUGUGUCUCCAUAGCAGAAGGCUCCACCAAAAGAAAAAGAAAGUCACAAAGCCGCCCAAACGUAAGAAACUUUGGCCCCCCUAUAUAUGUCGUCUGUGAUUUUUGGUUGGAAGAAAUGAAUCUGUUACAAUAUAAAGAUGUCGUGGAUUCUAUAAAAAAUUUAGCUGCCGAAACCAGCCGCCUUUUACCACGCCAAGAGAAGAAAGAUGGUAAGGCUGAUAACAAGAGUGAUUCUGCAGUUGAUGGAUUAAGAGACGAGGGUUUGGAGGAUUUCAUUUCAGGUUUUAAUAGUUUCCGAUCAAGCUUGGUGGCAUUUUUUGGACAGUUAAAUAAAUUUGCAGAUUCUUCUGUUCAAAUGUAUGGUAAACUAGAUAAAGCCAUUGAAAAUGCUAAGCGUAUUUGCGAGAGAUCUCAGUCUCAAACUCAAUCUCAAUUUCAAUUCUAAUUUCAAGUUGCUUGAUUGAAGUGAGAUCAUCACAAGCAAAGAAGAAGAGAAGCGAGAUCAUCACGAUGGUGUCAAGUUCCAUUGAAAUUGUUGUCUUGGAUACACAAACAACCUCAGAUACAAUACAAGGUCUAUUCAGAAUUGCAUUUUGUAUAUUGAGAGUAGAAUAAGGAAAAAUGGGAAGAAUUCAACUAUAGAAUAAAGGAGAUGGUUAAAGUGUCUAACUUGGUCUUUUUUUUUUCUUUUUUUCUUUUUAUAGUAGGAGGGGUGGUAUUUAUAGUUAAAGGCUGUAAUUACAGGUGAGAAUAAAGAUUUUAUGCAAAGCAAGCAACGGAACUUGUAUAGUGUUUUUCUUUUCUUUUUCUGUAAAACAUAGGAACUGAGAUAAAGGUCCACGCUUCGUUCUACUGUAAUUAUUAUUAAUAUAUAAAGUAUUUCAAUUAUAUUUAUUAUUA